CGGAAGCUCUCCCCGCUGGAGCCAUGUCGCGUAUCGACCACCGAUUUAUUGAUCGAUUCCAGCGUGCGCGCGAGCUGACGUCACCGUGUUGAUAGAAACACUUCACACCCGUCGAGCCCCUCAGUCCGAGGCUACUGAAUAGGGUCCGACGCCAUGCUGCCCACGGUGACCGCUGUGGUGAGGCUCAGCCAAUACAACGGCAGCGUCUCCCCGUCGCCUCUGGAGAACACGUCCACGCUCCCAACCUGGCAACCCAACAUGUCCAACCCUCACCAGUGCCUGCAGGUCCUGUACGAGGACAUCGGGGACUUAAGGGUGCGGUUCUGGGACAUCCUGCUGCUGGUGCCCAACGUGGCCUUCUUCAUGUUCCUGAUGUGGAAGCUGCCCUCGGCCCGGGCCAAGAUCCGACUCACCUCCAGCCCCAUCUUCGUCACCUUCUACCUGCUGGUGUUCGUCGUGGCGGCGGUCGGCAUCACGCGGGCUGUCGUGUCCAUGACCGUCAGCGCGUCCAGCGCCGCCACCAUCAUCGACAAAGUGCUGUGGGAAAUCACACGCUUCUUCCUGCUGGCCAUCGAGCUCAGCGUGGUCAUCCUGGGCCUGGCGUUCGGUCACCUGGAGAGCAAAUCCAGCAUAAAGCGCGUGCUGGCCAUCACGGCCGUGCUGGCGCUGGGCUACUCCAUCACGCAGGGCACUCUGGAGAUCCUCUACCCAGACAACCACCUGUCGGCCGAGGACUUCAACAUCUACGGCCACGGAGGACGCCACUUCUGGUUGGCCAGCUCCUGCUUCUUCUUCCUGGUGUACUCUUUGAUUGUGAUCUUGCCCAAAACUCCAUUGAGGGAGCGGAUAUCUCUCCCAUCCAAGAGGAGCUUCUACGUGUACGCCGGCAUCCUGUCCUUGCUGAACCUGGUCCAGGGUCUGGGCAGCGCCCUGCUGUGUGCCGACAUCAAAGAGGGCCUCUGCUGCGUGGACGUCACCACCUUCCUGUACUUCUCCACCUUCGCGCCGCUCAUCUACGUCACGUUCCUCAAAGGCUUCUUUGGCUCGGAGCCCAAGAUCCUCUUCUCCUACAAGUCUCAGGUGGACGAGGCGGACGAAUGCGACGUCCACCUCCCCCCGACCGCCGGCGGCGCCGCCACGCUCGGCCGCAAGGAUCUGAGCGUGGACCAGGACCUGUUCUACUCCUCCACCCGCAUCGACGGCUCCGGGCCCGGCAGCUCCCGCAUGGUGGGCGCGUACCUGGACGACGUGGCGUCCGGGCCCUACGGCGCCAACGGCGGCGUGGACGGCGACCGCUGGAGGCCCAUCAACGCGUGAGCGGCCGCCGGCGAUCCGCACGACUGUCAUUUAAAAGCGGCCGCUUCUGUAACAUUGUUCCCAGAAUGCACUGCUGCUGGACUCUGCUUCCACGUGCUCCGGAAGGCGGGACGGCGUCACCCCGACCCGCCGGUCCGGCUCGAUCCUCCAUGUUUACGUUUUAACCGCGUUUUAAGUCGCCCGAUUCUUUAAAACGUUCUUUUUUUGUUGCCGACGUCCGUCACAUUCCAGCUUCCAGCUUCCAGCGGCGACCUCUGACCCCGCCACUCUUCUUCUGGUGAAACGUCUUAUGAAGUAGAAACAAGUGUGUGUGACCCGGCGGCUCGACCGCUCGCCAUCGUUCAUCCGGUACUUUCUGCUUUCAUCAUUCCUGCUAACGCACAUUUGUUGUAUUCAGCCAUUUAUAUAAGUUAUUAUGACGUGUUUGUUUCCGGCUCUUUUCUCGGCUCGCUGGUGCAAAAGCUUUUAGUUUUAUGCCAAUACCGCUGCGUUAAAAAGUGCUCAAAAUUUAGUACGUAACCAAUAUCGCUAUUUUAUGGUGUAAAACUGCUGGUAUUGAUAAGUGUAAUCGUAUAUAGAUCUUUAGCGACAUAUUCAGAGGCUCAUGAAACCAGUUAAUGCACACCUGGUAUUAAGGUCCUCCUCUAGUCUCCAUGGUCACAUGUCUGGAUGGAUGAUGUAUUUAAGAUCUCAGUAUUCAGAAGCAGCGGUGACGUGUAGAGAUGCAUUUAUUUUUUCAGAAUUUUAAAGCCGUGAAUGUCCAGGAGCGACAGUAUUUGCCUCUUUAGAUGAUUCUAUCUUCUCCGGUUGAGUGCCGGUGUUCCGGUUUUCUCUAUCUGUACAUUCUUCUUCCAGAGUACAAUGAUUGUAUAAUAUUCAGCCGUGUUGAUGUGUUCCGUGACCUCCAGAAUAAAAGCCGUGGUCUCUU